AUGGCAGGUUCACCUCUAGAUACACUUAGCUCUGCUGCUGUCAGAGAAGCCGGAGAAGUUGAGUCGCCGCUGCUCCCGAACGAUUCUAUGGAAGAUACAGGACCUCGCUCUACGCGAAAACGACCGCGCCUUGAUAGUGGGACCGGAAUUGUUGACCCCAUCACGAUGCUCCCUCGUGAUGCUGCCAAUGAGGACGAUGAUCAGACUCAUUCUAUAGGCUCGAAUACAAUUGCCGGCUCGUGUACCGCGUCGCCCGAACCUCAAGCCCCCCAACGACCCUCUAGUAGGGUAACCAUUAAUGUGAAGUCACCCACUAUGCCCAAUACUCACACACUAGCUUCCGGUAAUCACCAGGGCAUCAAACCUCAAGCUACCGAUGGUUCAUAUGCUAGAUCGAAUACUUCCCCACGAGCUCAGAGCCGUUCCUCUCCUAGGUUGAUCGCCGGAAACACCACAGAUGCACUUGCUGUCUCGUCUCCCUCGCCCACACAAAGUGUUCAGAUUGAAGUUGCAGAGGUGGAAGAUAUGGAUCAAGAUCCAAGCAAGUCGAAUUGGAAAACACUGGAAGAAGCGUUGCAAGCGCCCUCUAUUCCCGGCCAGGUCAUCCAGCCUGGGCAACAGUUUAUUCCAAUCGAACCCUUCCCUCGUAUUCAAGGACAACUAUACAUGCGUGAAACAAUAAAUGAUAUUCGUAGUAUGCUUGAACGAGGACAUUUACAUGAUGCCCCCAUAUUUAGUGUGCUUAAACAGUGGCUCGACCAGUGUGUGAUUAACUCCGAGAAAAUGACAUAUGAGAUGUUUCUUGAGGACCGCGACUUUUGGGAAGAGAUCCCCAUGGUCAUCGAAGCUCUCAUUCGACGCGAGGUAGAGUUACUUCCAGACAAUGGGGACAACCCAUGGCAGUGCAUGCAAAGUUUCUGUGUCUCUUUUGCAAAAAUCGCACUGCACUUCAUACAAUUGGAUAUCACCAUAUUACGAAGCUACAAGAAUGAUUCCAAUUGUACAUUAGACCUUGUUUCGAAGACGUAUUGGAAUACUUUGAGUUGGAUUCUUCAACUCGAACGCACCCCCUUUUUCAAGUCCAUGGAGAAGGAAUACGGCCCGGAUAUCACCUGUCUCCUGGCUCGCAUCCUAGAUUCUAUUUGCCAAACGAAUAUUUUCGAAUAUGUUUCGGAGUUCGCAACAUUGAUACUGGAAGCAUUAUCCCAGUGGCCGACUUUAGCACUCCAUUUCGCGCACGCUCUAUUAGUUAUUCAUAAUCUAGUUGAAUCUGGUUAUGAAAUGAGAAAAACUCGGCCGAACAGUGAAAUUCAGAUUGGACCGAUGGCAUUUGUCAACACAAUAGAUCAAAUCUAUAACUUUAUCCGCACCAUUGACCUCAAAUACCAGUCUCUUAUUGCCAAGAAGGCUGCAUGGAUAUCAGGCGACAUCAGUGACAUGGUACUUUGCUCAAUUAGCUCUAUCUAUGCAAAUAUCUGUGCCUUUGAUCCUCAGCUGGGGAUUCAGAUUGCUCAAGAUUUGCAAAUUGAAUAUCCAAACGCCACACCUCCUCAAGAUUACUCACAAAUUAUUCGGUUUGGCUGGAAGUUCAAAAUUUUAAAGCGAUAUAUCACUGAUGGCCGAAUGGAAUUACGUGUAGUUGGAGUGGACACAAUGCAACAAGAGCUUGUAACUUUAUGGAAAACUAGCAUGAGUGGCAAUCCUUCAAGCAUUGACUACCCAAUUACAAAGUUCCUGCUCAGAUUCCUCAGGAGCAAUAAAAUUGUUGAAUAUCUGGUUGGUGUUGACUCACAUCCUCAAUUAAUUGCUCGGAGUGGGAAUAUAGUUGGGUUCCUUGUUGUUACCAAUACAUACACAAAUCAGGAUACCGACAUCAUCUGGAAAACAGUGACAGAGAGUCAUGACCCUCAUACCAUUUCAGAAGUAUUGUCAAUGUUAACCCAUACAUUCACUAUGCAUACUCAGAAAUCAGCAUACCUUUACAUUUUCGAAAAACUUAUCAAAUUACCUUUGACUCAGUUUGAUACUCAGAUGAUGGAAUUUUGUGAACAGCUGCUGAGUAGCUUUAGGGCAAGAUAUGGGAAUAGAGGUCAGAAUGAAACGUCUAUGAGUAUUGUACCUCUAAGACUCUGUGUUCAUUUGAUUCAAGAAAUCACUUCUGUUCAAGCGUCAUCAGAACUGAAGUCACAACUUCAAAGAUUUGCUAGCCGCCAUCUCCACCUGCUAAUAGACCAUGGAAUUAGCAAUUCUGAUAAGAUGGAACUGUUUUCCCUUUGCAUGAAUGAUAUUUCAGAGAUGAAUGAGCUUGCUGUUGGGAGCAUAAAUGCACUCGUUGCCUUGAUACCCUCUUUUGAUACCAAGGACAUUCACCAGCUGGCUUUAGAAUUCAACUUCACCCAUUCAGUUGUGGCCGAACUUGCACAUACACUUCAUUCCAAAACACCAGCUUCUCCCCACAAUCUAACUCCACGAAUCCAGCUCCUCCUACAAAUAAUAGAGCGGAUCCCAGAAACAAUUACAGCAGAGUUAGCUGAUAAGUUGUGGGAGAGUCUUCUGUCCUCCAAAGCUAUCGGUGAUCAAAAUCAGAGUUUUGUGUGGGAUAAUAUGUCUAGCUGUGUAUCGAAAUGUGAAAAACCAAAUCCUUUUCUUGAGCAAUGCAUGAAUGAGUAUCUCCCUCUUAUAUUGCCAGAAAAUUUCACUGCAGAUAUUCUUUCAUUUGCAGAACAAACUGUCAGCUAUGACAUCCGCUUUACUGACCCAAAGCUCAUCAAGGAAGGUGAGAUUAUAAGAGUUCCUGGGAUGGAUAGGAUUUGGCAUAUAAUCCUCACUGUUCCAUCUGCACAGAUUGGAAUACAAGCUAUUAAUUUUGCAAUAGAGGUAUAUCUUGACCAUCCACUCAUACAGAGAGCACCAAAGUCAGCAGCAGAGGCUACUCAUGUCUCCUUAGUUGAUUGCUGUAUUGAUCAACUUAAGGCAGCUGCCAACAGAGAUCAGGUUCCUACUUCUCAGAGGGUGGACGAGACAACCAGCAAAGCACUGGCAGACGAGCUAAAGUUCAGUCGUUCGCUACUAUUUUUAAGGCAACUCCUACAUGGGCUGCGAACAAGGCCACAAUACACUCCACCCCAUGGUAGCCCACCUAUUCUUCCCUUGAGAAGUGAGGAAAUCAAGGGAAAUAUGAUUGAUAUCCCUUACCAAGCCUUUAGCGGAAGCUCUCAAACCCAAAUUCGCACAGUACAGACCGGCGACCUUACAACUCUGGUCGAGCUUUCGCAAAAGCUUUCUCGCCUAACUGGCUUCUCCAAGUUUACCAUAAUUACUGGCGGAAGGUUUCUUGAUCUGGCUAGCAAUGGCAACCGAACUCUACGGGAAUUAAGAGUGCCAGCCUCAGGAUUACUUAUUAUUCGGAAGAGUGCCGAUUCUUUGGACAUAUCCUUUGGUGGUAGGAGACAGUCCUUAACGCUUGUUGAUUCCGAAGUGUUAAAACAUUUCAACGACCUUUAUGAUCUUCUCAGCUUGGACGAAAGGCUAUCAAAAGACAUUUUCGACUUUUUAAUUAUUUUCCCCCCGCAGCAGCGAGCUCGAGAAACUGUCCGAUCCUCGGACGUUUCCGAAGCUGAUAUGUUCCCUCUCAAAACGCCCUACAAACUCCUAUAUCUAAUCAACUCUCUCCUUGUAUGCAUUAGAGAAGAAGCGCUGGAGGCCAAUCCCGAUCAAGAUUUUAUAAAUCGUAGUAUCUGCAAUCUGGUUACCUUUCUUCUUCGUUCUGAAAUGCGCGACGCUUUGGACAACGGUCACUUAAAACUGACAUUGGCUUGUAAUUUUGUCGAAUGUUUAUUAGCAGCACUAGCAGUCAAAUCAACUGCAGAUAGCUCAAUACCUUUCUUCAGUGACCCGUCUGGUCUAGUUGAUUGUAUUACAAAGUUUGCACUACCUGGGGAUCUUACUUCACCCUGUGCUAAUUCCACUGUCCCACAAUUAAUAUCGAAUUCUGUUGCGGUGCUCCUAGAAGCAUCCAUGCAUGAUCGAAGAGUUUGGGAUGCGUUUAGGGACAGUGCGAGAAUGGAGGACAUUAUUCUAUCCCUCCUAUUACAAGACCCAAGGUUGACUCUUCGGCAAAGCAUUGCUGGAAUAAUUUUCACCCUAUGUGGAAUGUCAACAUCACAAAAGCAAGCGCUGAAAGUAUAUCCAAAGGAUUCCAGAAUCUCACAUAAACUAGAAACAACCACUGGAACCGAGGUGAUCAGGACAUUAUGGAACUGCUUGAAUUCACUGAUUCCUCGUAUCACUGAAUUUCCCCAGAGCUCUCAGCAGUUUUUCGAAGUCUCACUAGUUGUUUUCCAAACCAUUGGAACCUUACCACCGGGAACUCUACCUUUUGAAGACUAUUUAAGACAAUGGGGUGAAGUUCUCCUCUGUCAUCAAAGUCAUGAAUUUGUGGGUCGUGAAGUUGUCGAUUGUAUUGUUUUGGGAAUUGCUCGCCUCCUUAAAAAGUGCUUGGAAUUUUCACCGUCCAAGACUGUUGGCAACACAAGCCUUAUGGAGCAGCUCUUUAACACAUAUCUGUUUCCAAAUUUGUCUGAAAACGUUGAUGGAACACCCAUUAACCCAGUUAUACCUGUUAUGCAUACCGGAACUCGCCAAGAAAUAUACAGCGUUCUCCUUCUACUGUGCGAUGAUGUAGAUAGCUGUGGGCAAAUGCUCAAGAUGGUGGAGGAUGUCAUCCCGCCAGAUUAUACCCACGAACCCAACUGGAUCUUUGAUCGCUAUAAAACUAUUCGAUCUCCUGAAGGAUAUGCCGGCCUCAAGAAUUUGUCUAACACUUGUUACUUCAACUCUCUGUUUACUCAACUUUUUAUGAAUGUUGAUUUUCGCAAGUUUAUGCUACAAGUCCCAGUCACCGGCCCCACCUCAAGCCAAAGACUCCUCGUUGAAACUAAGAGACUAUUUUCCUAUAUGCAAAACACGUGGCAAAAAAGUGUGGAUCCGUAUGCUACAGUAGCCGCUAUCCGAACCUUCGAAAAUGAGGCGAUCGACAUAAAUGUUCAGAUGGAUGUCGAUGAGUUCUAUAAUCUUAUCUUUGACCGAUGGGAAAGCCAGAUACAAUCACCAGAAGACAAGCAAACGUUCCGCUCGUUCUAUGGUGGUCAACUUGUUCAACAAAUCAAAUCUAAAGAAUGUGAACAUAUUUCAGAGCGACUAGAGCCUUUUUCGGCAAUCCAGUGUGAUAUCAAGGGUAAGAGUGGGCUAGAAGAUAGCUUGAGAGCUUAUGUGGAGGGGGAAAUGAUGCAAGGAGACAAUAAGUAUUCAUGUACUUCUUGUAACAGGCAUGUUGAUGCAGUUAAACGAGCUUGUUUGAAAGAUAUCCCUGAUAACCUGAUUUUUCACCUUAAAAGGUUUGAUUUUGACGUUAUCUCUAUGAUGAGAAGCAAGAUCAACGAUGAGUUUCAUUUUCCAGAGCGUAUCGAUAUGGCCCCAUUCAAAGUCGAGUCUCUCAGUGACAACAGCACUCCUGUGAAAGCAGAUGUAUUUGAAUUAGUGGGCGUCUUAGUUCACAGUGGCACUGCAGAGUCAGGCCAUUACUACUCCUACAUAAAAGAACGUCCUUCUCCCAACAAAUUUUCUUCCUGGGUGGAAUUCAAUGACGCGGAUGUUAGCAGAUUCGACCCGUCAAAGAUCCCAGAUCAGUGCUUUGGAGGCAUGAAUGAUACAUAUCACGGCCCUAAUGUCGGCCAAGUUCGUUUUGGCAAAGUGUGGAAUGCUUAUAUGCUUUUCUAUCAACGUGUAACCAGGAUCGAGACCGGGCUACUUGAAUACCAACCAGCCUUGGCCGAUGCACCGGUUUCUAUACCUCUUCCUUUGGAGAUUGGAAAUUUCAUUGCCAUGGAAAACGAACUGUUUCUUCGAAUAUACUGUCUUUUGGAUCCGUUUUAUUUUCGCUUUAUCCUGGGACUCGUUCAAAUAUCGAGAAAAUUAACUUUGUCUACGCGACCCCUGAAAACUAUCCAAAAAGCUAUGGUAUACACUGCUCUAGAUACUAUUGACCAACUUGUGUCGAGAACCAAGGAUGCUCCUAUGCUAGAACCCCUUUUUUGCGAAUUAGAUCUGGCACACGAAGAAAACCCUCAUGUGGCGUUCUUAGUUCUCGAAUGGACGGCUAAUCGGCGCCCUGCCUUGCGAAAUCUCCUUUUGAAGUGUCCGAAUCCAAUUGUACGCUCUGGGUUCUCUACCUUGAUUAUAACUUCCCUUGCGCGUCUGAAGGAUCGGUUAGCCGAUGCAAGUCUUGAGCCUAUUAGAGCAGCACGCUAUACGCAACAAUAUACAGUUGUGCUUGAGAAUGUUUUGACAAACCUUCACCAACUUUGGGGUACGAUCCACCUCUACUCUCGAGCCUGGGAUGAAUACUUUCAGCUCGUUAUCAGUAUUGCCAAAUUUGGUGAGCUGGAGGUUGAAUCGGUUCUGGAACAUGGAUUCUUAUUGAAGUGCUUGGAGAUAAUUUGGCUGGACAAAGAAGAUUCCAAAGAUCUCAAGUGCUUGUACGUCAACUACCAUCGGCUGGUGGAAAAAGGCCGAAAGUUUUCACAGGUCAAACUUUUGGAAUUGCUUUAUUUAUUGGUUAGCUGCCUCAAUUGGAGGCUAUCGCCCACGUCUGAGCAGCAAUCACGGAUUUGUCGAGAAGGGAAAUUUUCAAUGACAAUCGACGAAGCGGAUUUGAUCCUUCCCAUCGGACGGCAUAAGGAAUUAGUUGUCCUUCAAAAAAUCAUUGAACAACAAUCUAAUCCUCCUGUGAUUCGACAGCUCAUCAAGCUACUAGUCGAACUGCCGCCUUCGCAGAGGUUAUUGGAAAAUAUUUGCCGGGCAAUUGAGGAAGGGCUAAACGCUGAACCCUCAAGCUUUACAGUGCCUUUUCUUGAAGCCGCUAUGAUAUUUUGUGAAUAUGCACCCGACGCAGAUAGCAUCCUAGGGCUUAUUGACUUUGCAAUCAAAGGUAUUGAGACUCUUGACGAUGCGGGCCGAGAAUACCUUGCGUUUUUGCAAGCACUCUUAUCUUUGCAAAACGAGAAGAUCGGCCAUGAAGAAGGCUGGUUCUGCGGUGUUGUUCUUGAUCGAACUUCAGAAUGGGCCCCUGCGUUGCUCAUGUACGAAGAUCGGUGCACACGUAAUAACACCUUUGAACUUCUGCAGCGGCUUUUAUUCUCAAAAGAGGUUGAGGAACUCCCAGAUUCACAUCGUCAAUACUACCGAAAUAUUGGGAGAGAUCUUGCCCAGGCCUGCGCAGAAAAAUUACGCAUCUUAUGUGUUGAAAGGCCCUCACCGCAGCAAAAUAUUGAUUCUCGACUUGUCGAAGCUAUCAAUCAUGUCCUCAACCAUUGUAUGGAUACAUACUUUAAUGAGAACGACAGUAAUGAAGAUUUGGAAUUUUUGCAACAGGGCACAGCUAUAUUGAGCGUGGUUGAGCAGAUGAGCGUUGAAAUCCCAGAAGAUUUUGUAUCCGAUGCAUGGGAGGAUAACUCAAUGAUGGGCAGCGAUUCCGAUAUUGGAAGCAUCAAGGACACUGGCGUUAUAUUGGAAAUCGACCUAUAG